UACCUAACUGGCAACUAACGCAGUAGUAAACACAAGGAUCACGAGUAAAUUCAUCACCGAUUUCAUCCACUCUUAUUUUUCGCUCAUUUUCAGCCACUCUCGAGGACAAGAGCCAAGAUGUCGAUAGCUAAUAUGGAAAAGCAUCUUUUCAACCUCAAGUUUGCUGCCAAGGAGUUGGACCGGCAGUCAAAGAAAUGCGAGAAGGAGGAGAAAGCAGAGAAAGCCAAGGUGAAGAAGGCCAUAGCCAAGGGGAACAUGGAUGGUGCUCGCAUUCAUGCCGAGAAUUCCAUCCGUAACAAAAGCCAGGCCCUGAACUACCUCCGCAUGUCAGCCAGAGUCGAUGCAGUAGCCUCUAGGGUCCAGACGGCUGUCACACAGCGCAAGGUAACACAAAGUAUGGCGGGUGUGGUAAAGAACCUGGAUGCAGCCAUGAAGAGCAUGAAUCUCGAGAAAAUUUCUGGUCUCAUGGACAAGUUCGAGAAACAGUUUGAGGAUCUGGAUGUGCAGAGCUCCUACAUGGACACUGCCAUGAGCGACACCGUGACCACUGCUAUACCCCAGGAUGCCGUUAAUGGUCUCAUGUCACAAGCUGCUGAUGAAGCUGGAUUGGAGUUGAACAUGGAGCUCCCAUCAGGCAGUAUGUCCACAAUUGGGGUAGGGGCAACACAGGCUAGCCAAGACCAGGAUGAACUGACGCAGAGACUAGCCAAGCUCCGUAACUCAUAAUUUCCCAAGAGACCAUAUACAAGGAAAAAGAAAAAAAUAAUUAUUUUUCUGACUAAAAUUUGAAGUACACAGAAGCCAGUUGACACCAUGCAUUUGGAAAAAAAAGUGUCAUUUAUUUCACUUGCAUCAUUCUGCGUGUUUUUAGGUUCUUUAGGUUGUUCACCAAAUUGUCACAGCAUAGUGAAGGAAAAAAAGAAAAAAAAGAAAAAUGUGCUCUGGUUCUGUAUUGGGGCCUUAAAUACCCUUCCACUUCUCUGUAGUUUGCCAAGGCAUGACAGAUGUAAACAGAUGUGUAGAGUUAUGCAGUUUUAGAAUGCAAGAGAUUACUUUAGGGUUGUUGUACAAUAGAUAUUGAUAGUGGAAUUCGUCUUGAGUGUAAAAAAGAUUUAAUGGUAUGUCAUAGCUUGUCUCUUUUUUGAUGGUAACAUUUGACAGGCAUAGGUAAUUAUGAUUUUUUUUUUUUUUUUUUUUUUUUUUAUAUAUACUUGUCUCUUAUAUUAUCUGAUGAUUGAUAUGAUAAGUAGAGCCAGAGCAUUGCAGUCUUAACACAUGUUGCAUAGGUCAUCAUUCUCGAUUUAUUUGAUCAUGGUAAAACCUGAUUUUGUAGGAGACCAAAAAAAUAUGUUAGGUUUUUACAUUAAAUUCAUUAUCUUUCAAGUUCACCUCUCAUUGUUUCAAAUACAAAUGUCGACACUGUUCAUAAACGGCCCACUGGGAUAUGGAGGGGAAUGGAUAUCAAAGAUUAUAUAUAUCCUAUAUAUAAAUCAAUGACUAGAGGCUUUACCAGAAGUUUGUUAUAAAGGUGAUUGGCCUUACAUUUUUGUUGCAGCCAAUACAGUGUACUAUAUGAUAAAUAUAAUCUGUACUAUAUGGUAAAUAGAGAUUUUAAUUAAAUAGACUUUCUUUAAACUAUGGCUUGGGUUUUGAAGGGUAGGGGCUUGAAAAGUUAUGAUAGAUGACUGUCAGAUGCAGUAACUGUUUUCUUCUGCUUCUCUGUUUUCAUUUAGGUUAAUAUAGAUGAAUUUAUACCAUUACAUUAACCUGUAAUGGAGAAUGGAGCACUGGGUUUGAUUUUUACUGUGAAUAUUGUGAAAACCCAUUUUGCAUUAGUAAUGAUACAACACUUGACAGGUAUAAAUUGUACUUACAAGGCAGAUUAUUGGAUUCUUAAUUUACUUAACUGUCAGGCAAGCAAAUGUGUUCACAGAAUUAACUAAUUGAUUUAGAAAUUGUUUAUAUAUCAAGUCUAAGAGAAGUUUAUAUAUACAUACGUAUAGUAUAAUGGGAGAGGGGGGAUUUUUAUCAUUCUGACUUCAUAAUUUGAUUUUAAAAACAACUAUCAGGAUCUUUUCUCUUCUUUUUAGUCAUUAGGAAAAUAGUUGUCUUUUUAA